UCCUCUCUCUCUCUCUCUCUCUCUCUCUCUCUCUCUCUUAUCAUCCCCUUUUCUCCCGCUUUCCUUCCCUCAGUGUGUCGCCACUCUUCAUCCUCGAUGUUGUUCUGACCAGACACCACCAGAGGGGAAACGACAGCAACAACAAUCACUCCACCAUUCAUAUGCUCUGACAGUGACAUGCAGCACAGAGGGCGGCUGCUGCUGCUGCUGCUGCUGCGCACGCAGAGAAUUAUUACAACCACACGCCUGCCUCGCAGCUCAGAGAGGAUCCAGUCAGGAGCAAAGCCAGGACUCUGAGUGAAGAGCUUCAUUUCAACACAUCUGUCUCCGUCGCCCCUCUUCGCGGUUAUCUUCAGCCCUGCAGCAGUUUUUUUUUUUUUUUUACUGCACCACUGGAGCAGCAGCACUGCUGUGACAUUUGCAGAGCUGGAUAUUUGCUGUUGAGGCUGAUGCCACAGAGUGCUGUGAGGAUGCACUGCAGAAAGAGGGAGAGGACGAUCGCAGAGCACAGCAGGAGUACACUCAGAGUUUUAUGAGGCAAAGCAGAAGAAUAAGAAGGGAAGCGCUGUUGGUGAUGGAGCUGGUCGUCUGAUGUUUUCCCAUGUGUGUGACGCCCAGUGAAAGCUUGGAGAACACAGAGACGAGGACUGGCCACAAUGAGCGCUCAGGACAAAUGGGUCACCCUGACCCCAGCAGAGUUUGCCCUGCUACAGGAAUACACUCAGUACUCCACCAAGAAGCUGAAGGAUGUGUUGCAGGAGUUCCAUGGAGACGGUGUGUUGGCCAAAUACAACCCAGAGGCGAAGCAGGAAAUCCUCAAUGAGGAGAUUGACUUUGAAGGUUUCAAGGUCUUCAUGCAGACAUUCCUGGAGAGUGAGCUCCCUGAGGAAUUUUGUCAACACCUCUUCAUGUCGUUUAGCAACAAGGGACUCAAACCCAGUCCCUCAUCCACUGACAAACCCAGAGUCUCUGGCCUUAAGCUCAUCAAAAGCAAUUCGACCCCUCUGAAGACCUGCGCCCUGCCUGGGCCUCUGGAUAUGGUGCAGCUGAAGGAUAUUGUGUUUUACCUCUCGCUGCUGGAAGGCGGGCGCCCUGAGGACAAGCUAGAGUUUAUGUUUCGGCUCUACGACACGGAUGGAAACGGAUCGCUGGACAGCUCGGAGCUGGAGCACAUCAUCUCCCAGAUGAUGCACGUGGCAGAGUACCUGGAAUGGGACGUGACAGAACUCAAACCGAUCCUCCAGGAAAUGAUGCAUGAGAUCGACUAUGACCAGGACGGCACGGUGUCACUGGGGGAGUGGAUUCAAGGAGGCCUGACCACCAUCCCUCUGCUGGUGCUGUUGGGCCUGGAGACGAAUGUAAAAGAUGAUGGGCAGCACGUGUGGAGACUGAAGCAUUUCAACAAGCCCGCCUACUGUAACCUGUGUCUCAACAUGCUAAUUGGACUGGGGAAGCAGGGGCUCUGCUGCUCCUUCUGCAAGUAUACCGUCCACGAACGCUGUGUGGCUCGUGCUCCACUUUCCUGCAUCAAAACGUAUGUGAAGUCCAAGAAAAACACUGAGGUAAUGCAUCAUUUCUGGGUGGAGGGGAACUGCCCCACCAAGUGUGACAAGUGUCACAAAACCAUUAAGUGUUACCAGGGCCUGACUGGGCUCCACUGUGUGUGGUGUCAAAUCACGCUCCAUAACAAGUGUGCUUCCCACGUGAAACCUGAGUGUGACUGUGGACCCCUGAAGGAUCACAUCCUGCCUCCAAACUCAAUCUGCCCCGUCGUCCUGGAGCGGCAGUCGACUCUGAGGAAGGACUCUCGGUCGAGCCAGUCGAGUCGAGGGAAGAUGCAGAGAGCCAAUUCUGUCACGGUGGACGGCCAAGGGCUGCAGAUCACAACAAUAGAGGGCACUCAUCCUCUGCUGGUGUUUGUCAAUCCGAAGAGCGGGGGCAAGCAGGGGGAGAGGAUUUACAGGAAGUUCCAGUACCUGCUGAACCCGAGGCAGGUGUACAACCUGGCCAAGAACGGACCGAUGCCGGGUUUGAACUUCUUCCGAGAUGUUCCGGACUUCAGAGUAUUGGCCUGCGGAGGAGACGGCACUGUGGGCUGGAUCCUUGACUUUAUUGAUAAGGCCAACCUGGACAGGAACCCCCCGGUGUGUAUACUUCCUCUUGGCACGGGCAAUGACCUGGCGAGAUGUCUGCGGUGGGGAGGAGGCUACGAGGGCGAAAACCUCCUGAAGAUCCUUCGAGACGUCGAGAACAGCACAGAAAUGAUGCUGGAUCGCUGGAAGAUCGAUGUGACGCCCACCGACAAGGAGGAGCGAGGGGACCCGGUGCCUUACAGCAUCAUGAACAACUACUUCUCCAUCGGAGUGGACGCAUCCAUCGCACAUCGUUUCCAUGUGAUGAGAGAGAAGCACCCUGAGAAAUUUAACAGCAGAACAAAGAACAAGCUGUGGUACUUUGAGUUCGGCACAUCGGAGACAUUUUCAGCCACGUGUAAGAAGCUCCAUGACUUCUUGGAGGUGGAGUGUGAUGGUGUCACGCUCGACCUCAGCAGCAUCUCCUUAGAAGGCAUUGCCAUUCUCAACAUUCCCAGCAUGCAUGGAGGUUCCAAUCUUUGGGGUGAGAGCAAGAAGAGGCGGGGUCAGCGCAAGGCAGGGAAGAAGAAUCAAGAAAAACGAACACCAUUGGUCGACCCCAAAGAGCUCAUGUUUGCUGUUCAAGAGCUGUCUGACCAGCUUCUGGAGGUGGUGGGGCUUGAAGGAGCCAUGGAGAUGGGUCAGAUCUACACGGGCCUGAAGAGCGCCGGAAGACGGCUGGCCCAGUGCUCCUCUGUGACCAUCAGAACCACUAAAUCCCUCCCGAUGCAGAUUGACGGGGAACCUUGGAUGCAGACUCCCUGCACUAUUCAGAUUGUCCACAAGAACCAGGCUCACAUGCUGAUAGGACCGCCACAAGGCCGGAGCUUCUUCUCUUCCAUCCUCAGACGAACACGCUCUGAAAGCAAAGACUAAAACACACCGUGGGACACAUUUGAGUCCUCUGACUCUUGCACGGCGGCUGUUGGCAAGUUUCAUCAAGACCCAGUGGUCCUUUAGAGAAAGUGGACUUCGAUACCUGUUUCUUAGGCCAGCGCCCAGUAGCAUGCUGUAGGUUCGGUUUGUGUUGCCUGCAGCAUGAAGAUGUCUCUGAGAUUGUCCUCAGUGAAUCCAGAAUAAGCUGUGAUCGGAACAGUUUUGAUCUUCGCUGAGCUCCAAAAGUCCCAAAGUUAUUUUUGGAAGCGCGCCUCUGUUCUUGUUCUAUUUUCUGUAAAAUUGAUUUUAUUUUUUGCUGUUGUGCACUGUGCCAAUUUGAACAACCAAACACGAUAAAUUAUGUAAUUUAUUAAUUUAAUAAUGUUUUUGCUAUUCGUGCUGUUCUUCUGUAAUACCGCACACACACGAUGCAUGAUGGAGAGUAAAAAAAAAAAGGUUUCUGCCGUCGGAGUUGAUGUUAGUGGAGUUUGCAACUGAUUCAGAGUUGUUUAGUGUGAGCUCAAGUCUCCUUCUAUAUUUCAUGUUUUGCACUCCUUUUCCUUACGCGUCAACCAUGUCACGAUUUCAUCUGCUUUGUUGCAGCUCUUUAAGUUGAAAAUUUGGGAAACAUGUGUUGAUUGUUCAUAAAAACAUGCAUGCUCCUUUUUGUUAUAUGCUGCAUGUGAGGUUUCCAGGCAGUUUUAUUCUGUGCACAUUUGCUGUUGCAUGAGGGAGCAAAAAUUCAGAGGAAAUUUUAAAUCUAAUUUUUGAAGGACUGAUCCCUAAUUUUAUCACAUCAGUUAAAUGUUAUAUUUGACUGCAGCCAAGUGCAUAAAUUCACAAUAACCUGUUUGGUGCCCUUGGAAGCAUACAUUAAGUACUGGGAUCACAAAACGAUGACAGCAUCUGUAGUGCAAUAGAUUAAUACAGCCAAUCUUUACAGUUUUUCAGAGACAUUUUUAUUGUCCAUCAUGUGUCACAUUUAACCCUUAAAAGUACUCUUGUUGGCUUUGGUAGUAAUUUAUUUCAAGAUAUUUGUAUUGCCUUCACUUGUACCAAAAGAAUAAACUUGUCUAUAUUUUUUUUCUUUUUGAUGUAUUGCAAAUUUACUGUAAAAACUGUGUUUUUUAUGCACUUCUGCAUGUUUUCUGAGAAUGAUAGUUGGACUGGCUGUUUCUUUAAAGUGCCAUCCGCCAUGUGGAGACUAAGAUCUGAGUCUCCCUAGUUUUUUGUGCUUUGUAAAGUGCAGCGAUUGUACAGUGAAGUUGUAUUUUUGUACACAGUACGAUUUAUUUUUCCGCUUCCUGCUUCACUUUGGCGCUCACGCCACAUUGUUGUUGCCCACAAACAAGUUAGUUCCACCAGUACUGACUGAGAAAAGUGAAAGAAACAAUUAAAGGCUUUAGUUGGUUGA